AAAAUAAUAAUAAACUCCCAUCAAAUUCCGUCAUGUUUUGUUUGUCAUUAAUUAGACAUUUUUCAAUUUUAUUUAUUUCCCAUUUUUGCCCUGUUUAAUAAUAAAAUGGUGGCCGAUUGCAAAAAACACGGAGUUUCACCAUUAAUUGAUAUGAAUCCCGCCGUUAUUAAACUCCUUGUUAUUUGUAGUCGGCCACCACGCUGCGGUUUUGUGAUGGGUUUAAUCCCUGUUCUGAUUAUAGUACACUAAGUAGGGCGCAACCUGCUGUAUCCGUGCACACUAGGUAGGGUACUCAGAGAGGGGUGGAGGGAGUGAUUGGGAUCGAGCCUGAGAUUUCGGCUGUGUGCUAUAAAGCGGCUUUUCUUCGGCGUCUCUCAUGACAGGAUACAGAAAGACGUUAUGAAGCUGCCUGUAGCUCCGCCCAGAUAGUGGGCGGGACCUGGAGGGUGAGAUGAAGUGAUCUCGGCAAGUUAUGGAUCACACCGUGUCUCGACCCGGGGCGUCCCAGGAGGAAGACGAGGGUCUCGCGGUGGGAAACCAUACUGAGGUACAGUGUUGUGGUAAUCAGGCGUUGUUGAGAAUGGACAUGAAGGACACGGAGACGGAGGAGGAGACGGAGCUGCAGAGAGCCGUACACUCGAUAGACGCCGCCACCAACACGGAGCCGAAGCGCCGAUGCUGCGGGUGGGUGAGGAGAAGGUGCCCGUGUCCCCCCAGGGGCCUGCUGGCAACGUUCAUCACCAGAGUAUCCAUGGCUACGGUGUUAUUCGGAGUGGUUUGGUCCAUCACGCAGGACGAGUGUCUCCCUGGAGGAAACCUGUUCGGCAUCAUCUCCAUCUUUAUCUGUGCACUGAGUGGAGGAAAGCUGGUGGGGCUCGUCCGUCUGCCCCGCCUCCCACCCCUCCCUCCUCUCCUGGGUAUGUUGUUAGCGGGGGUCCUCCUCAGAAACAUCCCCGUGGUGACGGAGGCCGUGUACAUCGACUUCAGAUGGUCCGCUUCCCUCAGAAACAUGGCCCUGGCCGUCAUUCUGACCCGAGCCGGCCUGGGAUUGGACGCCUCGGCGCUGAAGAAGCUGAAGGCGGUGUGUGUUCGCGUGGCCGUGGGUCCGUGUCUGAUCGAGACCUCCACCGUGGCUCUGCUGUCUCACUUCCUCAUGGGGCUUCCCUGGAUCUGGGGCUUCAUACUGGGGUUCGUCCUGGGCGCCGUGUCCCCCGCCGUGGUGGUCCCCUCCAUGCUGCUGCUGCAGAAGGACGGUUACGGGGCGGAGCAGGGCGUCCCCACGCUGUUAAUGGCUGCCGGGAGCUUCGACGACGUUCUCGCCAUCACAGGCUUCACCACCUGCCUCGGGAUCGCCUUCGCCACCGGCUCCACCUGGUUCAACAUCCUCCGAGGGUUUCUAGAGGUUUUAGGAGGCGUGGUAGUGGGCGUGGCUCUCGGCUUCUUCCUCCGUUACUUUCCCAGUGAAGACCAGAAAGCUCUGGUGCUGAAGCGCUCCUUCCUGCUGCUCGGGUUCGCCGUGUUCGCCGUGUUCGGGUCCAACAUGGCCGGAUUCCCCGGUUCUGGAGGACUCUGUACACUCGUCCUCUCCUUCCUCGCCGGAACCGGCUGGGACAAGAACAAGGCUCCUGUAGAGAAGGUUGUAGAGAAGGUGUGGGACGUGUUUCAGCCUCUGUUGUUUGGUCUGAUUGGAGCUGAAAUCCGCAUCAGUGCUCUAGAACCCAUUACUGUGGCCCUGGGUCUCGCCGCUCUCAGCAUCGCCCUGACUGUGAGGAUCUUCUUCACCUUCCUCAUGGCGCUCUGCGCUGGCUUUAACUUUAAAGAGAAGAUCUUCAUCGCUCUGGCCUGGAUGCCCAAAGCCACAGUUCAGGCCGCGAUUGGCUCCACGGCUCUGGACAUGGCACGUGUGAAGCAGGACCAGGAGCUUCAGAGUUUUGGUAUGGACGUGCUGAGCGUGGCCGUGCUCUCCAUCCUCAUCACUGCUCCACUCGGAGCUCUGCUCAUCGGCCUGUGUGGACCACGCCUCCUCAGGAGACCCAAGAACCCAGAGUGGGCUGUAAGUCAGGGUACUCUGUCACCAUCAGAUGCUCGGGUCACUUACGAGAGUGCAAUCUGAAGCUUUUGGUACUUUCCAGAACAGGAGGCAGAGAUUCAGUGAAUCGUGAUUCCUCUAUGAUUCCACUGAGACUCAUCUGACUCUCUUCUGUGAUUCCCUUCUGAUUCCUCCAACUCACCUCUGAGUCUCCACGGCCUCUUCUGAGACUCUUCUGACUCCCCCGAGACUCCUCUGAUUCCCCAGAGACUCUCUUGACUCCCUAGAGACUCCUCUGUCACUACUCUAUCUCUCCCCUGAGACUCAUCUGUCUCCCCUCUGUCUCUUCUUUAACCCUCUCAUUUGUGAAUCCUCAGACUCCUCUGAGACUCCUCUCUGACUCCCCUCAGACUUUUUCUUGACUGAUAUUUAGUUGUGUUUGUUUAUGAUUGUUGUGUAGCGUGUUGCAUGGUUGUGUAUUUGUGUUACUUUGAGGUCUUUGUGUGUAAUUUGUGACUCUAAAGUGACUGCAGAUGAACUGAUGAGUGAAGAUGAAAAACAGUGUAUAAUGAGGAACUCUGAACUGAAAGGGAUGUGUUUUUGUUCCUUUAUUGCAGUCCUGCUGAAAUUAUAAAAAACACAUUUCUGUGUAUUUUAUAAAAUAUAAUUAAACAGUUUCUUCAGAUUUCCUUCUCUCACUUACUUCAUCCUCCUCCAUCAGCCUGAUGAUCCUUCCAUUUCCUCCAGUUUCACUGCUGGAGCUGCUGCUACUUCAUUACUGAGAUAUUUUUAUUUAUUUAUAUAUUAUUUAUAGUCCCUGUGGAUUAUACACACAUUACAGUGUGUUUUUACUGAGAGGUUUGAAGGUUACUCUAUAAACACAAUGCUGUGGUCAGAUUGCUGAAGCUUCUCUGACUCUAUUCAUCAAUUCAACACAUUUACAAAUAAAAGUUUAUUAGAAAUUGAAGUUUGACAGAUUCUGAUAACUCGUUUAACCAUUUUGCAUUUAAUGACUUUUGAAAUGAACUGAUGCUGAGAUGUUUUAGGAGUUAAAACUAUUCAGGUGAAAAUCAGUAUAAAAU